AUGCCAUUUUUCCAUCUCGUACGAGGUGGAUGGAGAAGUCUAGGAAAACCUUCGAUCACUUUUCACAAAAAUGUAAGAAGUCUAACAUCAAAAAACCUAUUUUACGCCGAAUUUGGCGAUCCGCUCCAUGUUGUCAGAAUGAGAGAAGUUGAGGUGCCUCCACUUAAAAAUCAGGAAGUUCUUGUAAGAAUGUUGGCGGCACCGGUCAACCCGGCGGAUAUAAAUACUAUUCAAGGCAAAUAUCCAGUCAAAAUUACACUGCCAUCUAUCCCAGGUAAUGAAGGAGUUGGCGUUGUUGAAAGUGUGAGUGAUGGAGUAAAGAACAUCUGUCCUGGAGACAGAGUCAUUGUAGUUAAACCAUUAAAUGGUACUUGGAGGGAUGUGGCCAUUCUAAAUCAGCAAGUAUUGAGAGUCGUUCCUAAAGACCUUGGUCUAGUCGAAGCAGCUACUCUUACUGUUAAUCCUUGUACUGCAUAUAGAAUGCUAUCAGACUUUAAAAAUGUUAAAGAAGGUCUUGUUGUCAUACAAAAUGGAGCAAACAGCGCUUGUGGUCAAAUGGUAAUACAAAUAUGUAAGGCAUGGGGAGUCAAGAACAUAAACAUAGUAAGAAACCGUCCCGAAAUCAAUGACUUGAAGGAGUAUUUAAAAUGUUUAGGUGCAACAUAUGUUCUCACAGAAGAGGAGUUGAGGACAACAACUAUAUUUAAAGAAAAUAAAAUUGAUAGACCAUCAUUGGCAUUGAAUUGCGUUGGUGGGAAAAAUGCUUUGGAAAUGGUAAGACAUUUGCAGAAAUCUGCUGCGGUUGUUACUUAUGGGGCGAUGUCAAGAGAACCUGUGACCAUUCCGAAUGCUUCACUUAUCUUCAAAAACAUAUCCUUCCAUGGAUUCUGGAUGACAGCUUGGAAUGAGAAAGCUCCGCAGGAUAAGAAAGAGGAAAUGAUAUGUGAUAUUAUUAACUUAAUGCUCGAAAAGAAACUUAAUUGCCCUGUUCACAAGAUGGUAAAAUUUGAUGAUUAUAAAACAGCUAUAGGACAAACACUAUCUACAAAAGGUUUUACUGGAUGUAGGAACCCAAUUCUUCCCCGUUUACCAAGUAUCCCUGGAGAUGAAGGUGUUGGUGAUGUCGUAGAAAUUGGAGAACUAGUGUGUGCUGUAGAACCUGGUGAAAGAGUAGUAUUAACAUCAAGAAUGCUUGGUACUUGGUGCAAAUAUGGAAUUUAUAAUGAACGAGAUGUCCAUGUUAUUUCCCCAAAUAUUCCCCUUCCUGAAGCAGCUAUGUUAACGAUAGCACCCUGUACUGCGUACCGCAUGCUGAAAGAUUUUAGGAAGAUGAAACCUGGAGAUACCGUAAUACAGAAUGCUGCUAAUAGCCCUUGUGGUCAAUCAGUAAUACAACUAUGUAAGGCGUGGGGUAUAAAUACAUUGAAUAUAGUAGCUAGUCAUUGUGGUUAUGAAACUGUUAAAGAAAAUCUUUUGAAAAUAGGAGCUACGGCAGUAUAUACUCUUGAAGAAGCGGAAGAACUUAUGGUUUUUAACACAUCUGUGACUAGACCUGUUUUAGCCUUAAACUGUUUAGGGGGUAGAUUUGAAGAUGUGUUAUUAAAACUUCUAGAUAAAUCAGGAACGAUUGUAUACUAUGGUUGUGCUUUUGAUAUACCCAUAUGUAAACAUAUUCUACGUUCUGACGUAUUCUUUAAUAGAUUUCAUUUAGGUGCUUGGGAUGCUUAUGCAAGCGUUCUCGAAAAGGAUGUUAUGAUGAACAGAAUAGUUAAUUUAAUUGUACAGGGGAAGUUUGUAGCUCCUUUUUACCAGCCUUUAGAAAUUAAAAAUUAUAUCUACGCAUUACAAAACACUGUUCAUUGUGAAGCAUUUGCUACAACUAAUUUUGUCUUUGAUUUUACUUUAACAUAA